AUGACAGAUGCUACAUCUGCAUUAAUCAUCGAAAGCCAAGUUUUAGUCACCGCCUACAAUAGCACCGAAACCGUCAAGCUCAAAUUCCUAGGUGGUUCACCGUGUUGGGUAGAUUUAAAACCAAAUAGUACGGGGGGUCUGGGGGCUAAUAGUCCGCAUUUUAACGUGGACCAAAUUAAACUGGCGACGCCUACAACGUGGGGAUUGGAUACUACGACUACAGCAACAUCGACAUCGACUCCUACUGGGUCGUCGAAUAAUAACGAUGCAACAACCACAUCAAAUCCCACCCCCUCAUCAAACGCCAGCUCGAACGAUAAUCCCGAAUCCACCUCCACAACCACCUCCUCGAACACAAAAACCCCCAAAAGUACCCUCUCCCCCGGAGCCAAAGUAGGAAUAGGCAUAGCAAUCGGCCUAGCCGUCCUCUUCACACUAGCCGCAGCAUACUUCUUCAACCGCAGAAGAAAACAGGCGAGAAAUAAUGAAUACACGGUGUACGAACAAGGCCCGGAUGAGAAAAUCCCCGUGGAUAAUAAUUCUUCGGCUUCUACGGCGGAUUAUUCACAAGUUGCGCCGAUGGAAAAUAUCGCGUAUGAAAUGUAUGCGCCGGAAAGACAGUAUGAAAUGUCGGGCAUGAGACCGGUGGGGGAAUUGAGUGGUGAUGGGGAGGGUGGGAAGAGUAGGGGGAUGGGGGGAUUGGGGAUGGAUGGUACGGGUACGAGUACAGGUACGGGUGCGGUUCUUUCACCUAUAUCACCUGCAUCGCCUGCUUCGCCUACUUUGGGUGAAGGUAAGGGUUCGAAGACCUAG